UUUGAAAUGGAAGCUCUCCCACAACCUGUUAAAGAAUUUGAUACAAAAAGCAAAAUCAGUGAUAAAUUUCAACACGCCCUCAAUCUAUUUCAAGAUAUCAUUGCUCAAUAUCCAAAUACAACUGGAGUAGAAGUAGUUGGCUCCACUUAUGAAAGAGACAAACUAGUAUCGAUGGUGGUGAAAGUCUUAUUUUCCAAAACAGAUCUCUCUAAAUAUGAACCAAGAGUCCACUCAGACCUUUACAGCAUAAACAUUACAACAGGGGAGGUUUCUCAGCUCAAUGAAAUUCCUACUUCUGAGCCAAAGGAUAAGCAGAUUGUAGUAAAGACAAAGAAGGAUUCAGAGAUGAUCCUUAUCAAGACAGACUCAAAAUAAUGAUAAGGCUUUAUACUUAGAACACUGGAAUUCAGAAGGCUUCCAGAUAUCAUUAAAACUCGCUGACUGUGGGGCUCCCUACAAUCAUCCAGUUUUUGGAGGUGUCUCAUGGUCUAAAAGCAAGGAUAAGAUAGUCUUCGUUGCUGAAAAGAAGCCUAAUGAUAACUUUACCCCAUACUGGGACAAUGAGGUUAAGAAGCCGAUGACUAAAGAAGAAGCUGGAAAAGAUUCUAAGAUUCCUCAUAAUUUCAGAAAGUGGCUCUAUAAUGAUAAACAGGGGACACAGAUAAAUAAUUUUGGAGAAACUCUGACUGAUAGGAAGUAUCCAGUUAUGGUUGUGUAUGACCUAAAGCUUAGAAAGAUUACAAUCUUAGAUAUCCAAGAAUUCUUCAAAAAUGGGAACAUCGACACAGAUGCAUUUACCAAUAUAUAUCCUGCACAUCCUUUGUUUGAUGAGAGUGGAGAAGGCAUAGUGUUUCAUGGAUAUAAUUUGCCUAUUGAUAAAGUUGGGAUUAAUUUUUGACUGAACAAACCAACAAAGCUGUAUCAUCUUAAAAAGUACAGUCAGCCAGAAUCAAUCAAGAAAGACAAUGAAGCGUCUCAAGAAGAUUCUGAGCCAUUCAAAUAUGAAAUUGAAACCUUGACAGAAGAUUACUACUUUGCUGGAUUUCCUAAAUUCUCAGAUGACUAUACUUAUUUAGCUUAUUUUGGUAGUAAAGAGGAGUUCAUCACUCAUGCUACCAGUCUUGAGCUCAAUGUAGUCAAGAACUUUGGCAAAGAUAACCAACAAUCAUACAACGUUGUCAGAAGAGACUAUGAUAUCACUGAGGAGUUUACAGGAAUUUUUGGAUACCACCAAGUUUACAACAACUCUAAGUUCAUUAAAGGAACAAGCCAAGUUCUUCUCAGCUCUUUAAAUAAAGGGAAGAAAAUUAUUUUAUCAGUUGACGUUGAAUCAAAGGAAAUAAAAAUUCUUACAAAUUCAGAAAUGAGUACGAAUGAUUACAUAGAAAUCUUAGACAUUCAAGACGAUUAUGCCUUUGUGGUCUCAUCUUCAUAUCAUGAACCUCCUUCUACAUAUCUUGUAUCAGGGUUUACUGAGGCUACCCCAAAAUGGAUAAAAAUUUGUCAAAUAUCUGGCAAGCAUGAGCUAUUUGAUAGUAUAAUGCCCUUAAUAAAGAUUGACACUUUAAGAACGAAAGAGGGAGCUGAAGGAUACUUUAUUAGAGUUGCUGAUGAAGGUAGAGUAUUUGAAACACAGAAGAGACCGACUAUUCUAAUUGCACAUGGAGGUCCUCAUUCAGCAUUCCCUUCAUAUAACAUGUUCCAGAAAGAUAAGUUACUGUGGAUAUCACUUGGAUAUAACUUAUUCUUUGUAAAUUACAGAGGAUCUCUUGGAUAUGGGCUGAAGUUUGCUGAAUCUCUUUCAGGAAAUGUUUUCACUAUGGAUGUUGAUGACUGUCUAAACCUCUUUCAACAAUGUAUUGACAUAUUUGAUUCAGAGAUUGAUCAGUCUAAACUUUGUGUUUAUGGAGGUUCUCAUGGAGGAUAUUUAACCUGUUCAAUGAUCUCUCAUCCCGAUUGGAAUGAUCGCUUUGCUGCAGCAUGUAUUUGGAACCCAGUUACAGCUAUGCAUGCAACUGUAACAUUCUCUGAUAUUCCUGACUGGCAUUACUCAGUAGCUUGUAAUAAGCCUCACACAUGGAUACUGAAUAAAGAUGAUGUGUCUGAAAUGUAUGAAAAAUCUCCAAUCUCAAGAGUAGACAAAGUAAAAACUCCUUCUCUUUUCAUAAUUGGAGGAAAUGACAGAAGAUGUCCAGAUAAGCAAGGAAUCCACUUUUAUAGAGGAUUGAAACAGCUUGGAGUAAAGACUGACUUACACUUUUAUCCAGAUGACGGCCAUGCUGUUUCUUCUCUAGAGCCAAAUAUUGAUGCAUUAAUGAAUAUGACAAGAUGGUGGGUUGAUAACGUCUAA